AUGCAGGCUCCGGCUCAGUUCCAAUGGGAACUUGAGGAAAUGUCCAACAAUCAAUUCGCUUUGACCAGGCCAAUCGCUUUGGAUAGUGCCAUUGAUACAGUUUUGGCCCCAUGCACGUCGCGGCUUCGGUCAAUGUACCUGUCCAUCGCAGGCAAGGGUUAUCUAGCCGGUUAUGCAUGGCAAAUCGCAAAUCCUCGGUCUACUAGCCGAAUUGAUCCUGGUGCUGGACGGCUGGCACCGGGUGGCCAAGCCAACUACACCCAUGCUGACAAGGCUCUGUGCGUGGAGUAG